GGGCUUCGUUCGGGUCAUUCCUACACCACAGGUCAGCGCAAUCGGCAUUUCAAGCUGUGGGCUAUAGUAAUCGUCCUCUACAAAGGUUAGCGGAGUUGGGCGUUACUCGGUCAACACGGACUCGUCGCACUCCGACAUACCUAGGACCUUCUCCGUUAUACUACUGGGUCGCCGGCAUUCUCUGACAGCUAGAAUGGAAGGCACACCCCAAGCCACCAUGGGCGAGAGAGUACACCUGGUUGAUCUAGAAGUAGCGGUACAAUCGCAGACAGGAGAGUGGAUUCUUGCGGGACGGAACAGUCAGAGAUUCGCACGUUGUCUCUUUCACCGCUUCGGCCCUCGCUAAGCACCGGAAGACAAGAGUCCCAAAGCUCCAAAACCAAAAAGGCCAAGCAGCUCUGCUCUACCUCAGCAUCCGAACGAAUCAACCGCAAUGGCAAACGACCAAACCCCCGUGGAUCGCUUUCUCGCCGACCCGAACAACCUCACACUCCUCGGCACCAGCACCUGCCGCGCCACCAACACCGAGUGCCCCAUCUGCCACGAAGCCUCCCCUCACUCCACCGAAUCUGACACCCAAAUCGUCAAGACAACAUGCGACCACACUUUCCACCGCGAGUGUCUCGUUACAUGGCUGCAAUCUCUUAAGAACAGGGACGGCACUUGUCCAAGCUGCCGAGCUGUCCUCUACCGCGGCUUGUCGACGGCGCGACUGACGGACCAAGAGAUGGAGGAAGAAAAUCGGGAGCUUGGGUUGCUGAUGGAGCAGGUUCAGACGCAGUUAGCCAUGGUCGGGGAGAGACUUCGCGCCCUUCGGUCCCGACGUCGAUCGCGCAAUUGAGGGCCUGGGCUAUUUCUGAACCUGGAGGAAGCAUUUCUUCAGUACUGAUCUAGCUAUCCAAAGGAAGAGGGACACCGAGCGCUUGAGGCGUGUAGGGCUGGCUGUUUACGACCGACCGGCCUGCUCGAAGUAUUCUCUUCCAGUGAGAUUACGGCCGUGUGCUGUGGUCGCUAUGGGCGGAGUGGAGUAAUCCACACUCCGCCCUUACUCUAGAGUUGCUAGCGGCUUGCUCAGCCAAUAAUGACACGCCAUUGCCAGCUACGUUUACC